GCCUUCCACCUCCUCUUUCCCUCUCUCUCUCUCUCUCUCUCUCUCUCCCGGUUCGUCUCUCUUCCAUCUCAAAGGACAAGUUUUUCGCUUUUCUCUUCCUUUGUUCUUUUCUUACAGAGUUCCUCAUACAGAACAGAAAUCUCCACGCACACAACACUUUCACUCCACACGCUCUGAGCAUACAGCUUGUUAAUUCGGUCCUUUGGCGUCAGAGAAGAUGAACCUGUCCAUCAAUGGCCAGUCUCAGGUGCCACCAGGGUUCAGAUUCCAUCCCACUGAAGAAGAGCUCUUGCAUUACUACUUGAGAAAGAAAGUUGCCUAUGAGAAGAUCGACUUGGACGUGAUUCGUGAGGUUGAUCUCAAUAAGCUUGAACCAUGGGACAUCCAAGAAAAGUGUAGGAUUGGAUCCACCCCGCAAAACGACUGGUACUUCUUCAGCCACAAGGACAAGAAGUACCCUACUGGGACGAGGACUAACCGGGCAACAGCUGCCGGGUUCUGGAAGGCCACGGGACGCGACAAGAUCAUCUACAGCGGGUUCAAGCGGAUAGGGUUGAGGAAGACGUUAGUGUUUUACAAGGGACGAGCUCCACACGGGCAGAAGUCGGAUUGGAUCAUGCAUGAGUAUCGGCUGGAUGAGAGCACACAUGACCCGAGUGCUCUGAGUCCAGCUGGAGAUCCAUCCCCAGAAGAAGGGUGGGUGGUGUGCCGAGUGUUCAAGAAAAAGAACUAUCAGAAAACCCUAGACAGCCCCAAGAGCCCAUCGUCUUCGACCUCCAUGGACUCAAAGGCCAUGCAACAGAUGCUCGCCGCCACUGCCAAUGACGGCGUAUUGGACCAGAUACUCUCCUACAUGGGAAGAACGUGCAAGGUUGAAAGCGAGACUCCCAUCAAACUCAAUCUCUCCCCCAAUAAUUACAACCACAACAACAACAUCAAGUACUCCGUUUCAAACACCGAUCUCCUGCACGGUAAGUUCAUGCAUCUCCCGAGGCUUGACAGCCCGAGCCUCCCUUUAAUCCCUGCGGCGAGCUCGCCGUUCGACCACCAAGACUGCUCUUUCAAGCUGUCUUACCACACGCUGGACGAGAUGCUCGCCGAGACCUCUGGGCACCAUGGGAUCGGCAGGUCUUCCACCCCGGAUUGGGUUGCCGUGGACCGGCUGGUGGCAUCUCAGCUCAAUGGCCAAGUUGCCGAGACGCCGAAGCAACUCUCGAGCUGCUUCAGUGACGACCCCGGUUCUGACGUCGGUGGCCUGAGCAUGGAUGAUGAGGUGCAGUUUUCUCACAUCAAAUUAAACAACAAGCCUUCGAGUCAGCAAGGUCUGGAGAUGUACGUCUGCGAGAGCAACGACUUGUGGAGCUUCACGAAGUCGGCGUCGUCGUCAUCAGACCCAUUACGCCAUCUGUCAGUAUAACGGAGGUGCUUUGAGAUAUAUCAUAUUAAAACUUUAGUCGCUGCCUAAUUCCUAGGGUUUGAUAUGUUGUAACCACAAAGAGAAGGGACGACCUAGGUUUAUGAAAUAUACAGGUUACGUACAUGCAUGUAGUGAAUAAAAAAAAAACGAAAUCAAUUCUUGGCAAUAUAUAGACAUACACAUAUAUAUUUACAUAUUUAUA